GGUUGAAAACUCCGUGUCCUGGAUGCUCCUGUGAACACAUCACCAUCACCAUCCUCAUCCUCAUCAUCCUCAUCAUAUAUAUCAUCGGGCGUGCUGGAGGCGAGCGGAGAGUGUAAACACACACACGCGCGAGCACACACACAAACAUACACACGCAUGCACGUACACGCGCGCGCUCACAGAAGAGAGAGAGAGAGAGCAGAGGGACUGCGCGAGGCUAACGGCGUUCCUCCGGAUUUCUUCUCCGCCUCGCCACAGAGCCCGACAUCCUCCUGACUGAUGUUUCCGCGCGACUGAAAAACGGGGAUUUAUUCCUUUCGGUUAUGUUUUAUUGACUGUUAAUAAAAAAUAAAAAAAGAACAAACAGCCACAACCUGUGUACAUUAUGUUUUUGUUAGCAUUCCAUGCUAGAAGACGUUUGACUAGCGUUUACCCGGGGCCGCUGGGUUUGCAGUUUGUGCUGUGGAUUGUAUGCGCUGUUUACGGAGAGGAGCAGCCUUUCAGUGUAGAGGCAUGGCUGCAGCGGUAUGGCUACCUCCCCCCCACAGACCCUAGAAUGUCAGUCCUGCGCUCAGCUCAGAGCAUGCAGUCUGCUAUCGCUGCCAUGCAGCGGCUCUACGGCCUCAACGUCACCGGUGCACUCGACAAGAACACCAUAGACGCUAACACAAUAAGCUGGAUGAAAAAGCCUCGCUGUGGUGUACCAGACCAGCUUGGCGGCGCCUCCAGGUUCAGCGUACGAAAACGACGCUACGCUCUCACAGGACAGAAGUGGCAACACAAGCACAUCACAUACAGUAUAAAGAACGUGACGCCCAAGGUGGGCGCAGAAGAGACCCACGAUGCCAUCAGACGAGCAUUUGACGUCUGGCAGAACGUGACGCCGCUGCGUUUUGAGGCCGUUCCCUACAGUGAACUGGAGCGAAAUAAGAAAGAUGUGGAUAUUACAAUCAUAUUUGCGUCUGGAUUCCAUGGAGACAGCUCUCCCUUCGAUGGGGAAGGGGGCUUUCUGGCACAUGCUUACUUCCCGGGGCCAGGCAUUGGAGGAGACACGCAUUUCGACUCGGACGAGCCCUGGACCCUUGGGAACCCUAACCAUGAUGGAAAUGAUCUGUUCCUGGUGGCGGUGCAUGAGCUGGGCCAUGCAUUAGGCUUGGAGCACUCCAACGACCCCACAGCCAUCAUGGCUCCCUUCUACCAGUACAUGGACACAGAGAAUUUUAAACUGCCUUACGAUGACCUGCAGGGCAUCCAGAAGAUUUAUGGACCCCCAGACAAGGUUCUUCAGCCUACAAAACCUUUACCGACAGCCCCCCCUCCACGCUCUCACCCCCCCUCAGACCCACGUAAACACGACCGCCAGACACGUCCACCACGUUUACCAACAGGGGACAAACCAAGUCAUCCUAACGGCAAGCCCAACAUCUGUGACGGUGAUUUCAACACGCUCGCCAUCCUGCGCCAGGAGAUGUUUGUGUUUAAGGAUCACUGGUUUUGGAGGGUCCGAGACAAUACAGUAAUGCCAGGCUAUCCCAUGCUAAUCAACGUCUUCUGGAGGGGUCUGCCUGCCAAGAUAGACGCCGUCUAUGAGAACAGCGAGGGCAAGUUCGUCUUCUUUAAAGGAAAGCAGUUCUGGGUGUUCAAGGACACCAUACUCCAGCCUGGCUACCCAAAGGACAUCUCCAUGUUUGGGAACGGCAUGCCAGCUCAGAGUAUUGAGACUGCUGUCUGGUGGGAGGAUGUAGCCAAGACCUACUUCUUCAAAGGAGACAGAUACUGGAGAUACAAUGAGGAUAUGCGGACCAUGGAUCCUGGAUACCCAAAGUCCAUUGCAGUGUGGAAAGGUGUUCCAGAUUCUCCUCAGGGUGCCUUCGUAGACAAAUCCAAUGGUUUCACAUACUUCUACAAAGAUAAAGAGUACUGGAAGUUCAACAAUCAGAGGCUUCGUGUGGAGCCUGGCUACCCUCGCUCCAUCCUUAAGGACUUCAUGGGCUGUGAUCUGACACCCAUUGACCCCGAACACUUCCCCACAGAGGAUGUGGACAUCGUCAUCAAGCUGGACAACGAGGCCAGUACAGUGAAAGCCAUCGCUAUCGUCAUCCCCUGUAUCCUGGCACUGUGCCUGCUGGUGCUGCUCUACACCAUCUUUCAGUUCAAGAGAAAAGGCACACCACGCCACAUACUGUACUGCAAGCGCUCCAUGCAGGAGUGGGUGUGAGACAGAGCCCUGCCCAGGCCACCCCCUUUACUCCCGUUCCCCCCUUGGCAGAUGCUGUGGUGGUACAGCCCACCUUAAACCUGCGUACGGCCCUGAUCUCCCUUUUUCUCUCUCCAUUUCUCUGAGGAGCAGAGAGGGCCUUUGCCUAAAUCUACCCCCUCCAGGAGAGGAAGGGUGAAUCAUCCUUACUACAUUUCCUUUCCUUACAGCUCAGUGCGCCUACUUAAGACUAAGAAGGGUUUCAGAUAAGACUCCCAGUGCAUUGUGACGUCCUGCGUCAAAUCAGGUCUUAACUGUUUUAAGUGGGGGAGGGGAAGCUGAUUGCUAUAGCCCCAGGUUUUUACUCCCAACUGCACGCUUGAUAGAAAGAACAAAAAAAGAAUAGACAAUGUUACUUGAAAUCAGCAAAUUCAUCUUAAACUUUACUUUUAUUUUAAUUUUUUUAACCUUGUGUUAGGCGUUGACCCAUUAAUAUUAUUUUGAACUAGAUAUAUUUACGAUUCCCUUUAAGCACUCCUGAAAAAGAGAGUCCAAACCAAAUAAAGAUUUCUCUUCAAAAAGA